AUGGCUGAAAAGAAGAAAAUCCAUGCUGUGACCUUCCCCUUAGACUUCAUUAAAUGUAAGCAAAUUGCGAAGGAGAUGAGAAACUUUAUAAUAAUUGGUUCCAUUCUGGCCUUCCAUAUAGUUUCUGGAAAUAUGACCUUCUUAAAAUAUUUGAAAACUCAGGCGAGCAACAUGGAGAAAGGCCUCGACCUUGUUAUCAAAGAAGGACUUCCUUCAAAUGACAUUGUUGCGUUUUCGGCUUAUCAAUCGGCUGCUAAAAGUUACAAAGAACACGAAACAUGGAUAUAUGAUACGGUCCUCGUCAACGACGGGAGUUCAUAUGAGAGGACAACAGGCAUCUUUACUGCACCUUCUGACGGGACAUAUGGGUUUACCUGGUCAACCUUAACCGAUCCAAAUAAAAUGGCUCAUCCUCUCCUGAGGGUUAAUGGUCAAUAUAAAGGAUAUGCAGCAUUCAAUAAUUCCAUCACUUCACAGAAAUUUUGGAGUAGCGGCUCUAAUACGGUUCUAGUUCGACUGAAGAAAGGUGACAAAGUCAGCAUUGCUUCCGGAUAUGGAGCUGCAUAUGCAAGAAAGAAAUUUACCUCAUUUUCUGGAUGGAAGAUGCACUAA